AUUCAGAAUUUUCUGAUUUUCAAUGGAACAAGACACUUGAGAGUUGAAAGCGAUUCAUUUUCGUUUCUCAAUUAUUUCAAUGUUCUCGCGUAUUGUCUCGUUGCGGUGUUAACUAGUUGUUUACUGGAAGUGCAGUGGUGUGCAGUCUUGAAUUGUUUUUACUUCGUGCAUCCAUAGCGAUGGAUGAAAAACUAAUGUUGGACGAUGUUUCCAGCAGUUUAAGAGACCGAGUGUUUUUCGCUGCUAGAGAUGGAAUGGCUUUAACGCUUUACGCGUUAUUGUAUGAAAAAAAUACAGAUGAGAUAGACGACCUUUUAAACAACGAUGUAUGCUGUGAUGGAGUCAAAUGUACACCACUUAUUGCUGCUGCAAGGCACGGUCGCGAGGCUGCCGUACGAAUACUUUUAGAUAAAUUCCGUCCUCCUGUAAGACUUGAAACGGAAGGCACUGUAAAGUUUGACGAAUAUGUUAUUGAAGAAACCAUCAAGGAAUUUUUGUACUUGACAGGAGCCACAGCGCUAUGGUGCGCGGCGGGCGCGGGUCACUUAGGAAUAGUGAAAAGGCUUGUUCGAGCUGGAGCUAACGUGAAUCAUGCUACGAAGACUUUAAGUACCCCACUGAGAGCUGCUUGUUUCGAUGGCCGCUUGGAUAUCGUGAAGUAUUUAGUCAGGCAUGGUGCCGAUAUACACAAGGCUAAUAAAUACAAUAACACCUGCCUAAUGAUUGCGGCGUAUAAGGGACAUUUGGAUGUCGUGCAAUUUUUAUUGGAAAGCGGAACAAGAGUGGACGAUAGGGCGUUAUGCGGUGCGACUGCGUUGCACUUUGCAGCAGAAUGUGGACAUGCGGCCGUCGUUUGCGCACUGAUAGACCACAAUGCCAAAAUGUUAACUAACCAAAACGAUAUGACACCGUUGCAGUGCGCAGCGGAACGCGCCCGUGCGUCAGUAGUGGAGAUACUCGCGGCGAGGCCGGACGUCACGCGCGCUCAGGCCAUUGAUGCUUUCGAGCUACUUGGCGCUUCGUUUGCUAAUGAUAAAGAAUAUUAUUGUUUACGGAUGGCGUAUCAAUACCUACACAGAGCAAUGACGAUGAGAUACGACACUCGAUAUGGUCAGCUGCUGAAGAAACCCGCCGAUCCCAUACCGGCCUAUGAUAACUGGCGAGAAAGUACCACUUUGGAGGAGGUGGAGAGAUUACACGGUAACCCACACGCGUUGCACAUGGAAGGUCUGACAGUCCGCGAGCGAAUUCUCGGUCGCCAAUGUCCAGAUCUGCCCCACCCGGUGGUGUUUCGGGGCGCGGUUUUCGCUGACGAAGCAAGGUUCGAACGGUGCCUCGCGUUGUGGAGACACGCCCUUACACUACGGAUUCUUAACUCUGUGUCGGUUGUUAAAGAUCUACUGAGGUUCGCUCAGGUUUUUUCGCAGAUGAUUCAUAUUGGAAUUGACUUACCGCUUUAUCAGGUAUGUUUUGUAUUGGAGGCUUGCGCUGAAGAAUUGCGAAGAGGUAUCAAAAGACUAGAGGUAGAGAGUGACACUGAAGCAUUGAUAGAGGAGUACGAGAGCAAUGUACGGACUGCCCUAUAUCUCGUUGCUGUUGCUGCUAGGUUGCUUGAGAAUCCUAAUAAUGACGAGCAAACAAACAGAUUGACAAGAUGUUCAGUGUUCAAUCUGCGGGAUGUGAGUCUUCGUACGGGGGGUACUCUGUUACACCUAGCCGUGGACAGACGGACGCCAGUUGACGAUUUUCAUACUAGUGAUGUAUGCCAAUUCCCUUGCACAAGAACAACUAGACUGCUUCUCGAGUGCGGCGUGAAUGUGGACGUGGCCGAUGACUCGAGGAGAACUGCGCUACACGUUGCGUUGCUGUCCUAUCAGUAUAUGCCUGUCCUAUGUGUAGAGGAACGGGAAGCGUGGAGCGAGGCGUUGUGCGGCUGUGUGUGUGAGUUGCUCGCACGCGGCGCACACGUCGACGCUAUGGACAUGGACGGGAUAACGCCUCUCGUCGCUUCCAUUGGGGGUCCGGCUGAGUCUCUAGUCCGUUCUGCGCUGAAUCCUAGGCUGAGCUGCCUAGCAGCGUCUGCGCUGGCGCACCACGGAUCGAAGUACCGUCCUGAACAAGUGCCAAAAGAUUUACACGAUUUCCUCAUCAUGCACGGAGUUUAUCCAGUAUAAUUUAACUUUAAUUUCAUUGCAAAAUAUACUUUCAUGCGAAGCAAUAAACACGUACUUCAUAUUAUACUCAAAUAGAGAACUCUGAAGAUCAGACUCUUCUGUGCUAAAAUUUUACGUCAAAUUCAGGAACUGCUCAAAAGCUCAAAGAUAUAUAAUUAUAUUCUUUAAAAUAUAGGCUAACCACAGAUAUCAUAUCGUGGCACGUAUCAUGGCAGUUAGAUGGUCUAACGAUAGUCGUGACAUAUCCUGUAUAUAAUUAUUCUCAUAAAAUUGCUUUCUUAAAAGUGUAUUGAUGUAUUAUCUGUAUAUAACAAAUCUAUUUAUAUACAACAAAGUUUCACGUAAAAAUUAAAAUGUAAGCGAAGCUAUACUGCAAAACUUGCCAUUUAAUUUGACAUUUCGCCGAUAUAGGCAAGAAUUACUUGACAUUCGAUUUAUAGAUAAUUCUAUUUAAAGCUUUAUCUAUGAAAAUGAAAAGAAUAUAUAAUAUGUCAAAUUAUAUUAUUCGUCUUCGUUAUUGUUAGAAAACUAGUCUGUUAUCAUUAAUAUACUGGCAAUGUGCCAUUUCAGUCAAACAGCGAAGACACAAUCAAUAUAGCUGUUUGACCAGUUCCUUAAUUUAACUGGCUUAUACAGGUUGUCCCAUAAAUCAACGUUUAUCGCUAGUUCGAUGGUAGUGCAGACAGAACACCAAUAAAUUAAUGAAUGAAUAAUGUUAUUUUUGUAAAUUAUUGCCAUAUUAUUGCCAUGCCAAAAAGUUAAAUGUAUUGUUAUUACAUCUAUCUGACGGUGUUGCAAAAAUUUACUAUACAACAUUGGCAAGUGACAAAAUGAUGACGCAUUUAAUCCAAAUUCCAAUUUAGUAUAACAACUUCUUUUUUUACUUACUUUUUUGAGACAUCUGCUUUAUUCCUGACUUCGGCUUGACGUUAAUGUCUGGGACACCUAUUUUAAUAUUGACAAUGACUUACGAGUUUUCAUAUAAAUACUAAUACGAGACUCGUAUAUACUUAUUUAUUUACGAAGCUUCUAUUGACAUUAAGCGAUAUCAUUUAACAUUUUCUGUUAGAAAAAUAGUACAAUGGUUGUAUAGAGGUGAUAUUAUCUGUGUAAAAAUUGGAUUAUAUUUCGUCUAAACUUUUGACAGCUUAAACACAAUUUACAACUGAAUUAACAAUAUAUUUAAAAAACGUGGAAUAUCGAAUUUAUGAUUUUAAAUUCAAAAUAGUUUUAAUAUGUAAAAAAGGAGUUUAAAGCUUGUAAAACGGGAUCCGUAUUAUGCAUUUUGACAAUGACAAAUGACAUCAAAUUACAUUUUAACAGUGUCAGCUGUCACAAGUAAAUUGGUCGGAAUAUAGCUCGUAUAAUUUUUGUGUCCAUUAUCAUUGAAACCACGUUACGAAUUCUAAAAGUAGAAUUUGAACUGUGGUUGUUUAAUGUUAAUUUAAAUUCUUAUUUUAUUCAAAGAUACUGUUGAAUCUUUGGUUCGUAAGAGAUAUAUUUAUUGAAUUGAGCCUCGAUUGGCUAUUUAUAUUUUUUAAUAUAUUAUAAGAGAAUAUAAUUCACUUGUUCUAGUGCGAAAAAGCCACACACUGAUAGUUUGAAUACGUACUUAUGUAUAUAUAUAUUUUCAUAUUAACCUAAUUUAUAUUUUUAUUCUGAAUAUAUUUUUGGAUAAGUUAUGUCCGAAAUGGUAAUUUGUUUAUAAUAUGAAUAUUUUCUUUAUAUUCCAAAUUGAACAACUUGCCAUAACACUCCAAAGAUCAGGCACAAAUUAAAUCAACAACUUAUUCAAAAUAUCGGAAGUCAAAUGGUCUACAACUUAAGUUGACAAUUUACCGUUUCGGGCGUUAGUUUUAACGACACAGAUAUAUCAGUUAUUUACAUAAUCUACAUUUUGAUAUUAACUGUAAAUAUUCUAAAUUAAUAUUAUUAUUAUUUGAACCGAUUUUGUCUGCCAUAUGUUUUUCGUCCAUCUUGUAUGUUAAAGCAUUUAUCAUACGAAUUGUAAGAUGAGUUGAACACGAAGAAUGUGUUCGAGAUGUGAUGCAACAUAAUAUUAUCAAAUGGCUCAAAGUUAUAGAUUAAGUGGGAGAUUGGGUAAUUUUGAUCGACGACGAAUAAAAAAUAUUUUUAAUAGUCUAUGUUCUUACUGAGAGCAAAUUUAAAAUACAUGAUACAACAGAGCACAUAAGCAUAACAUAUUGAAAGUGACAGUUCAAUAUAAUUGCAGAUUUUUUUUAAUUGCACCGUUGACAAUAUUCAAAUUAAGAAAUGUUAUUCAUUAUUACUCAAACUCAAUGCAUGCAAAUAUUUAAGGAAAAAUACAAUGUGAUAAUUAUAGAAUAUUUUAGGCUAGGAAAGCCACACGGGGCUUUUAGGUAAGAGAUUUCGGCCUUUGAAUUUAAAAAUAACGAAUAUAUAGAUGAUAAGUGUCACUAAGGUGGCAUGAGAAAUUAUCUGUUCGAUUUGACGUAACUGACAUUGACAAUUUACUAUUAAAAUUUGUUCGAAACACUCAUUAAAUGUGUACAUUAAGUUGGAUCGAACGCACAAUUUAGUUAGAGCAUAGAUUUGCUAGUAAUGAGAUAUUUUAUUGGUAUAAGUUAAUAAACCGGGAUAAGAUGCCUUAAAGUUCUUAAUAAAAUGCAAGAAGAACCAGUGAUGCUAAGCCUUUUAGGUCUAGGCCUCAGAAUAAUAAUAAUAAUAAAAACUUUAUUCAUGAGAGAAAUAUGGCUGUGACAGUAUCGUGGUGAUUUAUUUUUUCUAAUUGGCAAUUUGAUACUAUAUUCGAUCGUUCGAAUGAAUAAGCCCUAACUAAAAUGAUUUCUUGAAAAACUAAUGAGAUUAAGUUUGCUAAACAUACUACGGAAUUAAUCGGAAUAGACAAAAAUGAAGUUCUACCAAAAAUUAUGGCAAUAACACACAAAAAAGACGUAGUAAUGUAAAAGAGAAGACAAAAAGAGAGAGCGUCAAGUAAAAAUAUGGGAAGUCGAAAGGUGUAGAAAGCUCAUCCUAUAUGUUGGGUCAGAAGUUAACCCGAACAUAAACUUGGUUGAGUAAAAAAAUAUCUUUCAAAAGUCUCGUCUUUAUAUCUGUAAUUUUUAGAAUUAUUUUUAACUCCACUGUCUUUUUGUACAUUAUUUUUUGUUAUAUUAGUACAAAAUACAUGUAGAAAGGUUGCAUAAUUCAACUGAGGCAUCUAUCACGGUUUACAGCUAAUUAAGUUAAUUUGACCAAUUUCGACUUAUCAGACGGGUUACUAUGCUCUAUCUCUAGUCUUCUAUCAAUUGAGCUGAUAAUUAAUUAACUAUUGACUAGGUAACAAACCAUAUUGACGUCAUCUUACUAUCCAAUUUCGAUAUUUUUUUUGUGUGUAACAUUUGAGGGGCAUAGUAGUCCAUCUGAAACAAAUACGUCUGGUUGAAGAAUGUGUCGCUCAAAUAAUGGCCAUAAUGAGCUUAUAGGUAGUAGUUUCUGCUAUACGCUAGUAGUUUAAGGCUUUCUAACUAAAAAAUCUAUUUUUCUUGAAAGAGUUAAGAUUAUGCAUAUCAAGGACCAGUCUUAAACGCAGUUUUAAUUAACUUAAUUAUUCAUAAAGUUACCGUUAAGUUAAUUGAAGUUGCGUGCGUUGUCGUUACUUAAGAUAUGUUGUUUCAAAGAUAUGUAAUCCCAACUUUCUUAGGGUAAGAUUCGAGACACCGUUGAGUGACGUAUGACUCUUGUAUGUCAAUUCCGUUUUUGACAUAUGGAUGUGAUUUCGACAACCCAUCCUUUUCUUGGGAAUUUUUAACUGCACUGUCUUCUAUUAUAUUUUUUUACAUAAUGUCCAUAUUACAGUCGACAAAGUUUUGGAUGACUCAUUGCAUUUGGGUUUGACUCCGGUUUUGAAGAAAAAUUGUAAAUGUAACAGUGACUGUAGGCAUAGGUUUCACACCAUCAGAUUUUUAGAAAAACGACUAGUAAAAUUAGUUACUGGUAUUUUUAAAGGACGCUAUUCCAUACAACAUUCUUUAUCGUGGACACGAGCACGGCGAGUCCGUAAAAUAUGAACGCGAAACUGUAGCGACUUGUAUGCUCUUGAGCGACGCUCCUUGGGUGUAUCUGGAUGUAAACGGAUAAUUUUGAUACGUUAUUGUAAUGUUAAAAGUCCAAACCCAUUGCGUAUUCGAACAACAAUAGCUGAGAAGGUAUAUUUAAAGGAUGAUUAUCAUGUCGAGUGUCAACUCGUGUUUGUUUAGAGAUAGAAAAGAAAGAAAAUAACUUUACAAAUAAUAAAAAAGCAUGUUUUAAAAUAUCUCUCCCUUUGACAUAUUAAUUGUUUUAGAUAUUUCAAUUACUACUACAUCUUACUUCUACAAUUUUAGACGAAUACUUUACGUUUCAGUAUAGUAAGGUUGAGAUUUUGCAUAUGAAUGUUAGUGAAUGGAUAGUGAAAUCUUUGUUUUAAAAAAGAUAAUGUCCUCUGAAAGGGAAAAAAGCGUUAGCUGUACGUUUUUUUGGGUAGGUUUUGAUGCCCAGUCACGAUUAAAAGGAUUUAACAGUCGUUUCGUUUGAAAUUCCGAUCUCCUUGAUAUUAAGCUUUGCUCUCAAACUGAUUUGGGUGGGACUGGUUACUUAAAGGAACGUAUCAACAAUCUUCAUUUAAUAAUCCAUGUGUAACUUCUUUCUAUAUAUUUUUUAAUUAGUUCCAAAUACGCUCAAGGAUAAUACAAAAAUGUUAUUUAUACUCUUUAUAUAAUUUUACGUAUUACUUGCUGUGUACAAAAUUAUCAAAGUAUCCUCUAAGGUAAAUAUAAUAUGAUUUUUACAUAUCUAGUUUGUAUUGUGUUCAAUUAUUAUUUCUUAUCUUUAGUGCUCAGUGCAGUUAAUUUUCGUGCAAUAUUUAUCCAAGGCCACUGCACUUAAAUCUAGUCAAACUGUUAAAAUUAGUGUUUAGUUCGGGAUUUGUAGACAUUUUUUAAAUAAAUUGGUUUAAUUUUCAA